GUUUAUAACUUCAAGAUGACGUCACAUCCGCCGUUUAAAUUGUUGCAGGGAAGGCGGAGUCUCCUUUUUUUGUUUGAAUCUCUCCUGCUGCUCCUGCAGUCUCCGCAGGAACUCGUGAUGUUCACCGAGGUGUCGACCAUCGACAACAUGUUAUAGGAGAACUCCAGCACCUCAUGGGUCUCCUCUACGAAGAAGGUUCACGAGUGGGCGCGCUUGUGUCAUGUGAUCCCCGGACAAGAGCACGCGGUUGAUGCGGACCUGUGGCACGUGAACUAACCAUGUUCAGGUGUGCUCGGAAGCCGGAAAACCCGGAGCGGUGGAGCCUCAAGGAGUGCUGUCUGCGGGCCGUGGCGCUUCAUUUUCCUGCGAUAACAAACACAGCUGUUCUCGAUCUUCCCACAGGUCUUCUUCAAGAUCUUCUUCCUCACCUGAACAUCUGCCAGCUGGAUGAUAUCCAGGCCUCCCUCAACCACAAAGGUCUCUCCACUUACUCUGCGUGGCUUGCAAUUCUGAGAGAAAUGAGCGGCUUCAACCAUGCCGUGGACUUCCCCUCAGAGGAGACAGCCAAGCGUGAGGUCAUGAGGUUACUUUUCCAGAUUGUUUUUUAUUCUGCGGGCCGCAGCAUCCCCCGCGCAGCCUCAAACGUGGACCCCUCGCUGCUCCUUCAUACCUCAGCAAAGUCUGCAGACCAUUUGAUCGUUGGAAAAGGCUGCAAAGACAUUGAGCGGCUGGUUUCUGAGUGGCGCCCCCUCCUGAAGAUGCUUGAGGAGCGUGUCAAAAGGGUGGGCGUCUCUGAACCCACAUGGCGCUCAGAGACAAAGACCUGGGCCACGUGGUUCGUCAUUCACCGCCUGCUGGACCACGGCGUCGCAACAGAGCUGGUCGUUUAUUCCCACUGUCCCACGAUACUGGCCAGGCUCCUCCAAGGGAGGGGGUCCCAACUAGUGGACCCUGAGCAAGGGGGGGGGCUGCCGGGUCCAUGUCUUCAAGGCAGACGUUCAGAGAGUCGGUGUGGAGAUGCUCCACCUUGCAAACAGUCAAAAAUGGAGACUGUGAGCAUGGAAGGGGGGUGCUGCGGAGACCCAACCCUUCCUUUGGAGCCUAAGUUUCUGUGUAGUUCUCAGUUGGAGGCCUGUCCUCGUGGUAGGAUCCAUCAUCUGGAGGUCCAACAAUGUAAACCUGAAUCUCUCAGGAUCCUGACGUCGGUCAUCCCCACCUUCUCCAGCCUUCGUUCCCUGACCCUCCACAGCGUCUCAUCGUUCAGGAAGGAGGACAUGUUGGACUUGGCCUCAGCACUGCGCCAGCGUUCUUCUGCCGCGCCCAUUACUCAGCUGAACGUGGGUGCCCUCCCUGAUGCUAAACUCAUAGCCGUCCUGCUGGACUCCAGCCCGUCUCUGAGGUCACUGCACGUGGACAUCCAAGCUGCGGUCCGGGGACCUCCCGGCUCUCUGGUUCCUCCCAAGACUCCUGAGCCACAGCUGCCAGCGGAGCUUCCUCUGGAAGAGCUGACGGUCCAGGUGAGCGAGCUGAGCUCAGACAUAAGCGUUUUGAUGUCGGUGCUGAGGCGCUUGCCACAUCUCACCUCAUUGUGUGUGGCUGGGAUCAGGCUGCCCCUGCCCCUCCGUAUGGACCAGCUGCUCUCCACCUUGACAGAGUGCAACAGCCGCCUGAGGAAGCUCCACCUGAAAGACCUGAAGCUGUUCGACUGUCUGCCUGAAGUCCUGGAGCUGCUGAGAGGCUGCAGGCUGGAAGAACUCGGCCUAAUCGACUGCAGACUUUUGGAGAGAAGCGCCAACAAGGAUCAGACUCUGCAGAUGCUAGUGGACACUCUGAAAACGCUGCCGUCACUGCACACGCUCAGACUGGCUCGGAACCGGCUGGCUGGAUCGGUGCGCGUCCUGGCAGAACUGUUCUCUGGACCCACGCUGAGCUCUCUGAAGCUACUUGACAUCAGCUUUAACUUUAUUCAGCCUGCUGAGCUGCUGCAGUUUGCAGACCGACUGAAGGCCUGUCAUUCUCUGCCUGGACUCAUCCUGGAUCUCAGGAAAAACCCAGCAGACCGUGACCCAGACACCUGGAAGGCAGCUAUACUGAAGCUCCGCCCACUCACACUCCUGCAGGAUAUAGCCUGGAGCUCCUGGCUUAUGAUGGCGGACCAUGUGGGCAACAUGUAAUCAAAGGGAGACUUAUAAAGUUUGUGGAUUCACAGUUAGAAUCUUCAGCUGAUCACAGAAGAUCAGCCGAUCAAAAAUCAAAGAGCCAACACCAGUCAGAUGUUUGAAUCUUUUAUUAAAGCAGACUCCCCUCACCUGA